UCAGCACCAUCCCAGUCACUCCCAGUAUAUCCCAUUUGCCCCUAACAUGGUCUGAACUGCCCCCAGCAGGCUCCUACUCAGUCCCAGCAUGAUCACAGUGUAAUCCCAGUAUGAUCCCAGUGUCCAUGAGUGCGGUCAGUCUGCCCUGCGAUGGCAGAAUGAUCCCAGUGCGAUGUCAGCACCAACCCAGUACAGCCCCAGUCAGUCGCAGAGCGAUCCCAGUGGAGCCCAGUCCCUGGCAGUGCUGCCAGCGCUGGGAUCCCGCAGCCCUCUGAGCGUUCCCCGCUCCCGGCUGUGCCGAGAGGAGCCCCAAGGGCUGGCAGUGGCCAGGCAGGCUCCCCAGCAAGGCCCAGUUUGGAUGGGGGGCCCCCAGUUGUCGCAGUUUGCCUCUCCUUUUGCCCGGGCCGGCUUCCCCCCUUCUCCGCAGCGGCCGGGAGCAGCCGAGAGCCCCGCGCUGCCCGUGCCGAGCUGUGCCGGCUCCAGCCCCGCUCCUGCCGCGGGCUGCGAGGGCUCCGGGAACGGGGCAGCGAGGGGGUCGCUGCUGCUGCGGGAGGAGGAGGAGGGAGCCAAGGGCAGGGAUGAAGGAGGAGGACGGAGAGGCGGGCACAGGGACGAGGAGGAGGAGGAGGAGGAGGCGGGGGGAUGGCAGAGGAGGAGCGGGAGGAAGAGGAAGAGGAGGGCCAAAGGCGGGUCCAGGCUGAGCAGGAGGAAGCACGCGGCCGAGCCCUCCGUGCAUUCGCAGCCCCCACCUGUGGGAUCAUCGCCCCCCAUGGCGCAGGUGAGCGGGGAGGGGGAGCUCGGCCCAGAUAUCCCGGGGGUCCCUGGGCUGGGGUGGGUUUUUUUGGGGGGAUGUUUGGAGAAUGAAGAAGUGCGAGGCUGAGCGGAAAAGGCCCCUCGGGGGGACAUCGGGGGGUGGCGGUGGCGGCUGGCGGCAGAGGCAGCCUGGAGGAGCAGAGCCCUGUGUCCCCCAGGAGCCCAAAGCGGGGAGCCCAGAGAGGGGGGAGCGCCGCCAUGGGCGGGAGCCUGCAGAGGCUGGAGAGGGGCAGGGGGGACUCCUUGGAGCCCCUGCAGCCCGGAGCAGAGCAUGAGGGGAGAAGGGAGCCCAGAAGGGAGCCCGAAAAGCCCCGGCAGCCCUGAAUGGGCAGAGCGAAGAGGGGGCAGCUUUUGGCAUUGCUGGCACUGCCAGCAGCCUGGGGAGGGCGGGCACCGAGGACAAGGGGGACCCCAAUGCCAGCGUGACCCCAGCAGCUGGGCCAGGGGGAACCCCAACAGCAGAGGGGAGGGAGCAGGGACGGGGAAUUCCUGGGAGGCUUUUUAGGGCUGAACCUCGGUGUUUGGGAGGUUUUUCUGGAGCCCAGAUCCCAGGUGAGUUCUGGGGAUGGACUCGGGCAGAGGGACCUUCAAUCUCAACGUGCUCAUCCCUUGUUCUCCCCAAACCAGGAUCUCCCAUUCCCAACCCCUGGGAGGCUGUGAGGAAGAGGAGGAUGUCCCUGGACAUGCAGGCGGAGCAGGAGCUGAGCAUGGAGAGCAGGGAGGACAAAUCCCCGCGGCAGAAGCUGGUGGCAGAGGCCGUUUUGAGCGGCUCCACGGCGCAGGAAGCCAACGGGGAGGAAAAGCCCCGGAGAUGCCGCACGAGGAGGGGCUGCAAACGCAGCUGGCGGGGAUCUGAGGGGGAAAGAGCCAGCCUGGGCCGGGAAGGCGGCCGCAGAUGGAGCCAGAGCUCGCAGCUGGUGGUCCGUGAGCAGCUCCGUGAUGGGGAGAAGCCCCACACGUGCGAGGAGUGUGGGAAGAGCUUCAGGUGGAGAUCCAGCCUGAUCCUGCACAAGAGGAGCCACACUGGGGAGAGACCCUACGAGUGUGGGGAGUGUGGAAGGAGCUUCAGCGAGAGGUCCAGCCUGAUCAGUCAUCAGAGGAUCCACACUGGGGAGAGACCCUACGAGUGUGGGGAGUGUGGGAAGAACUUCAGACAGAGCUCCAACCUGAUCAGCCACCAGAGGAUCCACACUGGGGAGAGACCCUACGAGUGUGGGGAGUGUGGGAAGAGCUUCAGCCUGAGCUCUGACCUGAGCAACCACCUGAGGAUCCACACUGGGGAGAGGCCCUACGAGUGUUCCAAGUGUGGGAAGAGGUUUCAGACCAGCUCCAGUCUCUUCCGGCACUAUCAGACUCACACAGAGGAGAGGCCAUUCCUCUGCCCUGACUGCGGGAAGGGAUUCAGGCAGAACUGUACCCUGAUCACCCACCAGCGCAUCCACACUGGGGAGAGGCCCUACGAGUGUGAUAAAUGCAGGAAGAGGUUUCAGACCAGCUCCAGUCUCCUCCUGCACUAUCGCACUCACACAGAGGAGAGGCCCUUCAGGUGCCCCGACUGCGGGAAGGGAUUCAAGCACAACUCCACCCUCGUCACCCACCGGCGCAUCCACACUGGGGAGAGGCCCUACGAGUGUGGGGAGUGUGGGAAGAGCUUCUCCUGCAGCUCUCACUUGACCCGACACCAACGGAGGCACCGGUGAGGGAAGCCCUGCGAGUGCCCCGAGUGCGGGAAGAGCUUCGUGCGCUGCUCCAGCUCCAUCCCCCACUGCAGGACCCACGCUGGGCACAGCCCUGCUGACCCACAUUCCCUGUGAUCCAUGAUGGGAGCACACCUGUCUGCUCCACUUUUUGGUUUGGCCUUAAUGUUUUUCUCUCUUCUCAAUCUUUGCAGUCCAAAAGCCAAGUGGGAUGGGUCUGUUACUUCAGAACAACUCAGUCCCACUGAAAACAACUCAAUUGUUGAAUUAAGGCUCAAUAGCAGCAGAGAUUUGCUUCUUCCCACCUCAAACAACUCAAUCCCACAACAAAGUCACUCGACUCCAAAGCCACCAGGGUGACAUGGGGUUAGAAUAACACUGGGACAAGUGGGAUCCCAAUUUAGUGCGGAGGGACGGGGAUUGCGUGGGGCUGGGUGUGUGGGAUGUAUUUGAUAGCAAAUAAAACUCUCAGACUUA